AUGUAUUUUCCAAUCGGUUCAUUUCGAAGUUUUUCAUUACCCAUAGAAGAGUCCUAUGAGAUUAUAUUUAUUCGAACUACACGUGAUCGUCUUAAACUUGUUCUACUUACACCAACUGUUAUAAGUAUAUGGCUUACAAAACCAUCUACAUUAGUUGGUUUUGUUCGGCGUUCAGAAAAUUCCAUAGCAGUACAUGGUGAAAAUGUUUUUGCUGAAUGGCGAAAUGAUACUCAAAAAUUAGCUCUUUCUACAACUAAAGGUUAUAUAAUUUAUUAUAAAGUUGUGAUUGAUAAACCGAAAGCAUCAUUUUUUGGUUCAACUAAUGAUGAAGAUCCUUGUGAAUAUCUUAUUCGACUUAAUACUGAAGCACAAUUUGUAUUUCCUAUGGUACGAAUUAAACUUACACACGAUAGUGCUUUACAUGUUGAUUCUAAUAUUCAAGGUUUAACAAAUCUUGGUCCUGAUUUAUUAGUAGCAGAUGAUAAAGGAUAUCUUUAUCGUAUAUCAUGGGAUGGUAUAAUUCAUCAACAUUUAACAUUAUGUUUAAGUACACUUUCAUAUACAACUUCUUUGAAUGCUGAUCGAGUUUUUAAAAUUCAUAAAUUAGAUCGUUAUGCAAAAUAUAUUGAAUUUUCAUCGUUAUUAAAUGGUAUAGGAAUUGUAUUUAAUGAUGGUACAUCUGGUUUAAUUAUAUGUGAAACAUCAAAAUUUGAACCACAACAAUGUCAAUGUAUUGUUAUUCAACCAACAAAUGAUGAAAAAAUUUGGAAAACUCAUUGUUGUGUUGCAUUAAAUGCAAUUUAUCAAUUAUUAGCAUUUGGUUCGACGAAUGGACAAGGUCUUGUUUACUAUAUUGAUGAAUUAACAGCAUCAUUACAAUUAGCUUUUAAAAUACAAUUAUCAGUAGAAAAUUUUCCAGAUUUAGUAGAAAAUUUGGGUGCAUUAUAUUCAAUGAAAUGGAGUCCUGAUUAUCGUGUUCUUUGUACUCUAUGGGAAAAUGGUGCAUUUGCUAUUUGGACAGUCUUUGGUAUACUUCUUCAUUGUUCUCAUUCAUCUGAACAAUCAUUAGAUCCUAUGCAAUCCUAUGGUCUUUGUCAUGUUAUUGAAUGGGGUCCUGAUGGAUAUACUCUAUGGGUUGCAUCUCAUAAAUCAAGUGUAUCAUUAUCAACAUCUACAGAUGAUGAUGUUGAAGUACCAAUACAAGAUAGUAGUCAAAUAAUCUUAUUAAAUUUUUUAAAAUCAUCUGUGAUUAAUAAUCCUCAUUCGGGUAGCAUUGAACAUUUAUUAUUACAGUCAGAAGAUAAAGUUUAUUUAUAUCUAAGUGGUAAUCAACAAUCAACAAAUGGUAAUAAUAAUGGAUUAUCAAUAUCUGUUGGUUGUGAUGUUGGUUGGCAAGUUAUUCAAUUACCUCAACUUUAUAUUCAUAAUAAUUGGCCAAUAAAAUUUGCUUGUAUUGAUAAUACAGGUCAAUAUUUAGCUGUUGCUGGUCAACAUGGCUUUGUACAUCUUUCAUUAUUUACACGUAAAUGGAAAUUAUUUGGCAAUGCUGGACAAGAACGUGAUAUACGAGUUGUUGGUGGUUUAUUAUGGUGGAAAGAAUUUAUUUUAUGUGGUUGUACAUCAACAAGUGAAAAUCGAGAUGAAAUUCGUCUUUAUUCACGAUUAACUAAUUUGGAUAAUCAAUUUUCAAAUGUAACACGUUUACAAUCACCAAUUAUUUGUUUAAAUAUUUAUGAUGAUACAUUAAUUGUAUUUGCAUAUGAUUUACAUAUUAUGUUGUAUGCCCUUGAACGAAAAGAAGGAAAGCCAGUUCCUAAUGCAUUUAUGGUAAAGUUACAUGAAAUAUCAGUUGAAGCUUAUGUUCCACAUGCUGUCUUUGUACCAUUUAUUGGUUUAACUUCUCUUCGAACGGAUUCGGGUUUACCACAAGCAAAUACAUCUUCAUCAAAUGAUAAUACUCCUCAAAGUAUUCUUAUUAAUGUUUGUGGUCGUCUUCUUCUAUUACAACAAGAACGAGGUGGUUCAUCAUUAGUUUUACAAAAACCUUCGAAGAAAAAUAGUUUACAAUCAGUAACAUUUUUACCACCAGUAAUGAUUGCUGCAUGUGUUGAAUGUAUUUGGACAAUAUCUCAACAAAAUUCAACAAAUCCAUAUUUAUCAAAUGCAUUAUGGCUUUGUUGUGGAUUACAUGGAAUGAAAGUAUGGCUUCCAUUAUAUCGUAAAGUUGAUGAACCUAUAUUUCAAUCUCAUCGAAUUAUGCUUACAUUUGGUUUAACAAUUUAUCCAUUGGCUGUUGUUGUGGAAGAAGCAGUUAUACUUGGUGCUAUGGCUGAAUUCGAAAAUUUUAAUUCUAAAAUAUUUUGCUCAAUUACAAAAACCACUCAAGUCUUUCUUAAUCAUGUCUUUCAAGAAUUAAUUCGAAAAAAUCUGGACUUUGAUGCAUUACAAAUAGCUCAAACAUGCAAGAGUAUUCCACAUUUUUCUCAUGUUUUAGAAUUACUUUUACAUAAAGUACUUGAAGAAGAAGCAACAAGUACACAACCAAUUCCAGAUCCACUAUUACCACGUGUAACUGAUUUCAUUAAAUUAUUUCCUCAAUUUCUACGUAUUGUUUCACAUUGUGCACGAAAAACUGAAGUAGCAUUAUGGCCAUGUUUAUUUUCAAGAUCAAUUAUUGGCGAUCCGAAAAAACUCUUUCAACAAUGUUUAACUAAUAAUAAUUUAGAAACAGCUGCAUCUUAUUUAAUCAUUAUUCAAAAUCUUGAAAAAAGUGAAAUAAGUCAAAAAUUUGCACAAGUUUUGCUUGAACAUGCUCUUGAUCAUGAUAAAUGGGAAUUAGCUACUGAUAUUCUUCGUUUUAUUCGUUCAAUUGAUCCACAAGAUUUAAAUAAUGAUGAAUAUUUUCGUACAAUAAAUACUCGAUUUCCACCAUCAACAACAAGUAAUCGUGUAUCAAAUAGUCUUACACAAAAAUCUCCCUUAUCACCAAAUCGUGAGACAUUAAAAUUUUCUUAUGUUACAAAUAUGCGACAACGAACACCAAGUGUAGCAAGUACAAUGAUAAAUACCUCAACAAUAACAACAAUUCCAGAAGCACCACCAUUACCAACAUCAUUAAAUACAACUAAACCAAAAACAUCAUGGCCUUCAGGAUCAACUGUAGUAAAUAAUAAUUCAUCAAAUGUAACAACGCCAAAUAGUCCAUUAGAAUCUUUAAAUAAUUCAACAACUGAAACACGACGAAGAAAAGCAAGUUCGUCAGAUAAUAAAUCACCGAAAAAAGACAGUGAUACUCAACAACAACAACAACAACACUUUCAAUCGUUUGAUUCAUUCGAUGGUUCAUUACCACAAUCACCAAUAACUUCGUUAUCAAUUCAUUUCAUUCAACGCACAUUAAAUCAACAUGCAUUAAAAGCAAUUAGUAAAGGUCGUUUAAGACAUUUAGGUUAUAUGGCAGCUAAUAUAGCUGAUUUUGAUCUUCUUAAUUGGUUGAAAAAUCAUAAACAUGAAUCAGAAUUAAUUGUUUCAAAUUAUCCUGAAACACUUAAAGCACUUCAUAUGGAAUUUAAUUGGCCAUUUCCUGUUUUACUUUCAUCAACUGUUUAUUUCAAUCCAAUUUAUCUAGAUAAUGAUUCAGUUGCAUCAAGUACAGAUAAUAAUGGACAUCAUUCAGAUUCAGGUCUUGGAACAAAUGAUCGAAAUGGUGAUCAAGAUGAAAAAUAUUCCACACAAGUAUCACGUGCAACAUCAAAAGAAGAAAUGAAUGUAAAUUUAACACCAAAAAAACAUAAAGAUUUUUUGGAAACCUUAAGUUUAACAUCUGAAACAAGUUCUAUGCCAAUUGAUAAUGAAUUUGAUGAUUUACUCAAUAAUCAUGAUAUUGAAAGUCUUAGUCAAGAAUUAGCAAAUCGUGGUCCACAAUUAUGUGAAAAACAAAUACGAUAUCUUUAUGAUAUAUUUUUAAUGGCUGAUUGUUAUGAUUGGUCAUUUCUUUUGUCACUUAUACUUAAAAGUCAAGCAAUGAUUACUCAAGUUAUGAAUGCUACUCGAAUACAAGAUUUAUCGACACAAAUAUUUGCUUUACAACGUGGUCUUGUUGAAUUAGAAACAUGGGCAGAGAGUGAAUGUCCUGAAUAUAAGCCGUUAUUAUUAUUUGUACGUAAUCAAGCACAAACAUUAAUUAAUCAACGUCGAACAAAUUUGCCUUCAUCUUUUCAAUCAGUUUCAACAAAAAAACUAGUACAUUCAAAUCAAGAUAAUGAAUUUUUAUCAUUAAAACAAACACAUACAAAUAAUAAUCGAUCUGAAACAACACGAAAAAAACUUUCCUCACGUAAUCGUACAAAUUCAGCUACAGAUUCCAAUCAACAAACAUUUACAUUUGAUUCAUUAUCUAAUAAUACUCAACAGACAAAUAAUAAAAAUAAUCGUGAUACAUCACCAUCUUUACAUACACGUCGUUUUAGUGAUGAUAUUGUUUUUCCUUCUUCACCAUCAUCAGACAUUGUUGAACAAUCACUUUUUUCACCUGGUUCAGUUCGUGCAAGAACUAUUAGUUCAAUUCAAGAAGAUAAAAAUUUACCAACAGUAAUAAAAAAACAAAAGUCUCUUUCAACAUCAUCAACUGAUCAUCAACCUCCUCCAUCACCACCAAAACGUCUUGAUAUUCGUCUAAGUAGUGGUAAAACAGUUGAUACAAGUGAUUUUAUUCAUACAGAUCAUGAACAUUCAUCAUCUACUAACCAUCUUAUUAAUCCACAUAUUGAAGUAUCUCAUAAUCAACAACAACAAAAUCAAUUAUCAAAUGAAACAGCACGAGAUAAACUUUUACAAUCUGUUUAUGUUAAUAAUACAAAUACAAAUAUGCCUUCUCUAUCAGAAUCAUUAACUAAUGGUACAAAUUAUCAUACUCCUGCUAGUGAAUCAUCCUCCAAUUGUGUUCUUUCAUAA